AUGCCGUUAGGCACUGCUGCAGACCCUGUCAGUAUGUUACCUGGAAGUUUGGGAAGAGGGAGCUGGUGUAACGAACAUGAUACGAUCCACAAACGCUUAGAUAUUAUUGAAGAGAAGGUAAUAAAAACAGUGGAGCAUCUAGAAUCAGAAGUCAAAUCGCUCCUCAACAUCAUCAGUGAGACAACAUCAAAUAUCCCCAUUGCUCCAGGAACCCCACUUAUAGACAUUUUUGAUGGUAAGUAUCUAGUGGGAUAUAACCUAAACUGA